AGAUAAUAAAAUGCCACCAAUUAUUCUAUACUCCAUGGAUGGCAGCCCACCAUGCAGAGCUGUACUGAUGGUGAGAGAAAUACUUGGUCUCGAAAUGAACAUCAAGAUGACCAACCCUAUCGCUGGUGACACUCAAAAACCGGAGUUCUUAGAAAAAAACCCGACACACUCCAUCCCACUGAUCGAAGAAGGAGACUUCGCAUUAUCUGACAGCCAUGCUAUUAUAACAUAUCUGGUAUCAAAAUACGGAGCCGAGAAGCGAGCAACUUUAUACCCAAGUGACUUAAGAGUAAGAGCAACAGUUGACCAGCGCCUGUUCUUCGAUGCGAGCAUUCUCUUCCCAAGGCUAAGAGCAGUCGUCGAAAGUUUUGUCGUAAACAAAGCUAAAGAGGUAUCACCAGAGUUGCAAGCGAAGGUUGAAGAAGCGUACGGAAUGAUCGAGAAGUAUCUAGAACGUUCUCCGUUCAUAGCAACGGAUCAUAUAACCUUGGCUGAUAUUGCGUGUGUUGCUACUGUGACGUCUAUGGAUGCCAUUGCGCCUAUUGAUCCUAAGUUUGCGAAGACUCUUGAGUGGAUUAACAAUGUGAAGCAGCAUGACUGGUAUGAGAAAGGUAACGCACCUGGUUUAGCCAUGUUCAGUGGUUUUGUGAAGAGUUUGAUUCAGCCUUGAUUUGUCUUUUGAAUGACAAUAAAUUUUACUUCAUAA